AUGGAAGAAAUUGAAUUGAGUAAUGAUGAAUUAAGAAAUAAAACAUGUAAAUUAGAUGGAGAUCCUAAGAUCGGUUGGUUAUGUAACAAAAAUGGCUUACUUUUAAAAACAUAUGGAUGGCUAGUUAAAAAUGCUAUAGGAAUUGUGUUGUUAAUACAUGGAUUAAAAGCUCAUACUCGAUUAACUUUUAUGAGAAUAAAUUUAAAAAUGUCAAAUAACAAUGGAGACGUAGUACUAGACAACAAUAAUUACUAUAUUUAUAAAAAUAGUUGGAUUGAAAAAUUUAAUCAAGUUGGUUAUUCAGUAUAUGCAUUAGAUUUCCAAGGGCAUGGCGAAUCGCAAUCAUUGGGAAAUAUAAGAGGCGAUUUUCAGUAUUAUGAUGAUUUAGUUGAUGAUGUAUUACAAUAUAUGAAUCAAAUUCAAGAUGAAAUUUCAAAUGAUAAUCAAACGAAUAAUGAUAUCUCAAAUGAUGAUAAAACGCGUGAUGAAUGUCAUGAUAUAGUACCAACUAACAAAAAAAGGCUUCCUAUGUAUAUUAUGGGGCAUUCGAUGGGGGGAACUAUUGCUUUAAGAAUAUUACAAUUAUUAAAGAAAAAACAAGAUAAAAUUAAGGCACGAGAUUCAAAUAGCUAUAAAAAUGGUAACAUCAUGUUAAACGAUUCUACUAAUGUAAAUGAAAUUGGAAAUGAUAAGUGUGGCAUGCAUAAGUAUAAUGAUUAUGAUUCCGAUAAUUCCUGUGCUAGUACCUCUGCUACAACAAAUGCUAUUGUUGAUGAUAAAGAUGAAGGAUGUUAUAAUUAUUUAGAUAAAUUUAAUAUUAAAGGUUGUAUAUCUUUAUCUGGUAUGAUGAGAGUAAAAACACCACUUGGUUCUGGAAACAAAUUAUUUAAGUAUUUUUAUUUACCUAUAGCAAAUUUUCUAUCUCGUGUCGCGCCUAAUACACUAGUUUCGAGAGAAACACAUUAUAAAAGGUCCGAAUAUGUUGCUAAUAUAUGUAAACAUGAUAAAUUUCGAAAUAAUAAUGGGGUACGAUUUAAAUGCUUCGCUGAACUUAUGAAAGCAACAAUCACAUUGCGUUGUGAUAUUAAAUAUAUGCCAAAAAAUAUUCCUUUAUUAUUUGUGCAUUCAAAAGAUGAUAGUAUUUGUUGUUAUAAAGGGUCAGUUUCGUUUCACAAUAAAGUAAAUGUUAAAAAAAAAAAGUUACUUAUUGUUAAUGGUAUGAAUCAUGCUAUAACAGCAGAGGCAGGAAAUGAAGAUAUUUUAAACGAAAUUGUUAAUUGGAUUUCUUAUGUAAGAAGCAAUGUUGAAGACAAAAAAGAAGAUGGAAAAUAA